AUUUAAUUUGGAAAUCAUUCCUGAAAUGCUUUUUACGAAGCUAAUUAAUUCGACUUGUAUAAAAUGACUGCAGAAUGUUCAACUUAUUAAUUAGUGAAGGAGGUGGGGCAGGGUGCAUUGUUUCGUGGAUUGUGAGAAGCGUUUUUGAUGUUUUUUCCAGCUUAAGAAACUUUCGUUGGCAUUCAAUGGAUUAUGGCUGCAGCCAAUAGAGCUGAAUUGGAAGCAUUGGAAGCAUCAUUACAACAAUUCCGUGUGAACGAGCUUCAUAUUCUGCUGUCGUCAUUCAAGUGCCCGAAGUUAGGGAAAAAGACAGAACUUGUUCAACGAUGCAUUAAUUUGCUACAGAACGCUCGUAAUCAGGCUGCAGUAAUACAAAAGAUUCGCGAAAUUAGUUCCAGUCGACGUUACAGUACGUCAAGCGCACCUUCAGUGCCCAUGUAUAAUCAUGUGGAUGGUAACAGUGUCAUGAACGGUUACAAUCCUGUCAUAACAUUAUCAUCGGCAUUGAUGCAACAACAGUAUAUCAGUGCGCAUAAUCCGUUUUCAUCACAAAUGACUCAGACUAGGACUCUGAACAUUGCUGACUUGCCAUUUUAUGAUAAACAACAAACAUUACUUGAACUUUCUGAAUUGCCGGCCAAUAUAUCGGGUAUUCGAUCUACAUCUCGUUUGGCAUUUACAUUUGCUAUCCCAUCGAACAUUAUGCCACAUAUUGCUUAUAGAAAUGAAUCUGCGGCCUUGCCGCGUACUGAGUUACAACUACGAUUCUUUCUGCUGGACCAUUCCGUUGAGCAACACGAUGAUUUCCCACCCAAUUGCAGUGUGAAGAUAGACGAUGUUCCUGUCACUCUUCCGAACAUUAUUCCAACGAAUAAACCAAAUGCGGAACCGAAAAGGCCAAGUCGUCCGGUGAACAUAACCCCCUACUGUCAACCACCACGAGAUGCUUUACGGCCGCAUCGGUUGGUGGUAGAGUGGUCUGCAGAUAAACGCUCUUGGGCAAUCGGUAUUUAUGUCGUGAAAAGGCUUACCUCCGAUAUAUUGCUUCAGCGUCUAUUAGCUAAUCUCGAUACUCGUCGUGAUGCCGAAGAAACAAAACGCAUGAUUAGAAAUCGCUUAUCUAGCGAUGAUGAUGCGAUACAGAUGGAAACGUUGAGGAUUUCUUUGUUGUGCCCGCUUGGAAAAACACGAAUGAUAAUACCGGUCAAGGCAUUUGACUGCACACACUUACAGUGCUUCGAUUUAUCAAAUUUUUUAAAAAUGAAUGAGAAACGACCGACUUGGAAGUGUGCUGUUUGUAAUAAUGGUGCAUCUUACAAGAAACUAAUUAUUGAUGGCUAUUUUGAAAGAGUUCUGAAGGAUACAACCGCGAAUAUAACAGAAGUUGAGUUGUUGCGUGAAGGUGGUUGGCGUCCAUUUGAUGAGGAAGAAAAAUCUGUAUCUGAUAAUGAAGAAAUAAGCUCUUCGAACGAUUCAAAAAGCCAUUCUAAAAGUGUUAAAAACAGUGUAUUACAUAAUGGUAAUCGAUUGGAUGGAGUCACAGAUGAUGAUGUCAUAAUUCUAGAUAGUGACGAUGAUGACGAGGUUCUACAACAACUGCCGUCGCAAAAUUCCAUGAAUAGAGUUCAAAGGCGGGACGUCACCCCUUCGGUUGUAUGCAUCGAUCUUGAUGACAGUGAUCCAGUGGACCUCUCACCGCAGACAUAUCAGGCAUCUCGCGUAUCCUCAACUCCAUUAUCAUUCAACAAUACCGCAUCUACGUCAUCAGCAUCAGCAACUAGCACAGCAGCAGCAGCAGGAGGUUCUGCUCAGAUGAGUGCCACUCGUCCUAUCAUGCACUACACACAACAGCAACAAUCACCACAUCCAAGUCAGUCGAUGCCAUAUUUUCCAAAUCCUGCGGUGUCGAUGGUACCACCACCUGAUGCUGUAAUAGGAGGUGCUAAUAAUGCCAGUUACUUCCAUUCUUUUGAACAACCGUAUCCUUACUAUCAGCAGGAUUUCAAUACCCGUUUAAUUGCUGAAGAACUACGACAGUUUAUGGCCAAUAUUCAACAGUCAACGAAUCCACCUAAUUUCCCUAAAUACUCGUCGUAGUUGAUUUGAUAACUU